AAAAACCGUGCAUGUCAAAAAGAAAAAGAAGAAGAACUGUCAAUAUCUAAUUGUCAAUGAAUUUCCGCUUUCCGACCGCGCAUCGCAUGUUGCUGGGAUAACAAAAGGUAAACAAAGAAGAAAAUAUUGUUCAACGACGAAACGCGAUUUUUGAAAAGUAAUUAAAACUGUGCUUCAUUUCUAACAUGGAUGAAACCAUUAUUGUUCCUUCCCCCAAUUGGUUCCAAGUUUCUGGCUUGGCUGUAGCUAAAGAUGGAUGGCUAAUAUAUGGCGGACCAAGCAAAAGUCUAUGUAUUUUGGUACCAAUUCCUAAAGAAUAUGAUAGUGUUAUUGUGGGGUCACAAAAAUAUCAUGCACACGUGGUCAACAGAGCACACAUGGAAAAAAUUGUAAGUGUUGAUAUUUGUCCGGGAUGGCCAGAAAAACGAUCAGUUUUGACCGGGAGUGCCGACGGAUCUGUCAAGCAGUGGAAUUUAGAACAAUUACAAUUGUGCCACAAAAUGAAACCUUCACACAGUCACGAAGUGCAUAGUCGAGAGAAAGAGGAAAUAGCAGGAGUAGGUUAUUCAAAUGAAUUGUAUGCUAUAACUGUUGGAUGUUUUGGUAACAUAGUAAAAUGGAAUCUCAACUCCAAUGUGGUGAAUAACUUUAACCAUUUAAGAAAUUUCAAACCAGUGUGUAUGUCUUGUUCACCACAUAUCCCUCUGAAUGUUGCUGUUGGCACAAAACAAGGAGUUGUGUUUGUUUUGGAUUUGAAUGGACCAGGUAAAAUAAUUUAUAAAGUAAGAGGCCAAGAUGAUGAAAUCGCAAACCUUAGUUGGUGCCCCCAAUAUGAAGUGUCACUUAAGAAAGUUCUUAAAGAAUCUGAGAGGAGGGCUAGUCUCACUAACACAAAUGAAGUUGAUGGGGUAGUUAAGAAUAAUGAGGAAGAAUUAGAUGCAUCUGGCUGUGGAAAAAAAUUACCAGAAGAUAGUUUUGAUGAAUCUCUUGUUGUUGUACCUGAGGAUGAUAUGUUUGACAUCUACAAAGACCAUGAGGCAGAUGAAUUUGGUCACAAAAAGUACCAACCUGAAGAAAUACUGGUUAAAGUUCAUUCAGGUAGUAAUGAACAAGAUGAUUAUUUAUCAGAAUGCUUGAAACUAAAGGAGGUCAUAAUAAAAAGGAAAACUCAAGCUGAUGCAUCUAUACAGUCUUUAGUUGAUACUUUAGAUAAGACUCAUGUAGAUAGCAGUAAAGUUGAAAAUCUUCCAGGAUCUACCACUAAUUGUAGUGAAUCAGAAACUCAGGAUUUAAAUGAAGAUACAGAAGCUAGUGAACAUAUUCAUAAGCAUCUUCUAGCUACAAUUAGUAAAUAUGGUGGUGUUCGGAUUUGGUCAAAGACUGGAAAGCUGAUUGGAAGCUGUGCUGUUUCCAACACAAGUAACAAGCAAUCUAAAGCCAAGUUACCCUUUUGGCCUACUUUGCUGUGGUACAAAUCUGAUGUCCUAUUAUUAGCUGAUGGAAAGAAUAACUUACUCGGGUGUAAUCCAAUAAAACUGGACUGCAAAAAUAAGCUGGACUGGAAUGUGGUUCAUGCGCUUCACAAACGUGGAAUAUAUUCCAUCACAUCCAAUGCACCGAGGGUGCAAUCUGGCACUGAAGCUAAUGAUGAUUGGCAUGUCUGGACAACUUCACAAGAACGUAUUAUAGUUCAAUAUUCUUUGAAUAAACGUGAAAAAGUCGCCAUACACCCCACAUGUGGUGGAUUUAUAUACACAGUUCUACCCUGCCCUUAUGAUGCUGGAAAGGUAGCCAUUAGUGCAGGAGAUGGAGCAAUCAGAAUAUGGAAUGCAAGCAUAACAGGAGAAGAUGAUGCUAAAUUACAAGACAAUCAAGUAACAUGUUACUGGCAAAAUGUUCUUGGGAAAGUUUUGGUGGCAGCUUGGCAUCCUACUAAAGAGAACUUACUUGCAUUCGCUACUGCAGAAUCAAGGGUAGGGUUGAUCGAUACCAGCGGUCGAACAGAGAGGCCAGCGAAGGCGUUAGUGCCGGCGCUGCGAGGCCCCGUCUACUCCAUCUCGUGGGGCGAACGGAACGAACUGUAUGCCUGCGCGGCCGGCGAGCUAGUCGUCUAUGACACUGAUAACUUGUAUGAUCCGCCGCGGCAGGUGAAGGUGGUGGUGGAGUGUCAGGCACGGGAGGUGAGCUGCGUGCGGUGGUCACCGCGCGCGCUGCUGUGCGGCACCAACGCCGGCGCAGUGGCCGCGCUCACGCACUACACACCGCACGCGCUACUGGCCGCCACGCACGUCUACAACAAAAUGAUUUACAUGGUUGAAUGGCAUCCCCAACAAACAUCAAGUUCUAGUGAAGAGUCUCCCUUUAAAAACUUGAUUGCUGUAUGCUCUAUGGAUAAGCAGAACACAAUAGUAAUUUUAGAUUAUAUUGAGAAAGAAGAUGGUAGUAAACAUCUUCAGACAUGGAAAACUUUAAGUGGCCAUAGGCUACCUGUGUUCCAAGUAAAUUGGAACCCGCAUCGCGAUGGUCAGUUACUAUCCACUUCACAAGACUGCACUGUUAGGGUAUGGGAUGCUUCGAGCGGGGAGUGCACGUCCAUAUUCGCGGGGCACGGCGCCAGCUCGCUGUGCGGCGCGUGGAUCGCCUUCCCCGCGCUGGCGGGCGCCGCGCUCUCCGGCGGUUCCGACUGCUGCCUGCGACUGUGGGCCGCGCCUCAGCACGCCGCGGGCCUCUACGACGCCAAUCUACACGACGUAGCACCUAAAAAAGACAAGAAGAAGAAUAAAAAGAAUAAAGAAAAGAAGGCAAAGAAAGAAGAGGCGGCAGAUAAAGAAGAAGAAGAAGCAGUGACAGAUGAAGGGAAUGAAACGGAGGCGGCGAGCGAAGCCAGCAAAGUGAAAGCGCCAAAGAAGUUCUUGCUGCCAACCAUUUUCAAACAAACGGCUUGUCACUGCAAAAUACCGGGUGUGAAAUUAAUGCUCCAGAAAUAUUUAGAGAAGACAUCCGCAGACAAAUCGGGUGAUUUCAAAGCGAAUGUCGAAGGAGAAUUUGAUCUGGACUUUAUUAAAAUGUUUGGCACUAUCAACGAAGUCAACGAGCUCUUGGAUAAUGAAAUGAAUCGUCACGAAGAGAGAGGCAAUACGGAAGCAUGGGCGCUGUUGUGCAUGUUCCGCGGCCAAGUGGACAAGAUGAUUCAGUUCGCGAGCCAGCGGGAUCUGCUGUGUCCGUUCCUACUCAGCCUCGCGCCCUGUGUGUCGUUCAAAUACUGGAAAGAUGCAACGCAACUUUAUGUGGCACAGAUUGACAGAUUAGUUGCCAAAGGAGAGGCGGAGAAGUUGUAUGAAGACAGAAAGUACGGUGGUCCCAUUUAUCGAAAAGUGGCCACUUUGUUGAGCAUCCACGACGUGAAGAGUGCUUUGGCAGUGCUCGUUGAAGCGGACCUCUACAAAGAAGCUUACAUUUUGUGUAGAACGAGAUACAUGGACAGUAUAGCGGAACAGACUUUGCAGCAGUGGGCUUCAUAUUGUGUUAAAACAGGAACUUUUGUCAUGGCAGCCGUAUGUUAUAUUGCUUUGGGAGAGUUAUCGCAAGCGGCUGCUUCUCUUGGAAAAUUGAAUGAUCAAGACUCCUUGAAGUUAGCAGCAGAUAUAGCUAAAAUCAUAGGUCACAAUAUAUUUGCAGAACACGUUAUAGAAAAACGAGAAAUUAUCAAGAACAGUAUUGAUAUUGUUGAUAAGACUGAGGAGAUAUUGAAAGAAUUACCCUCCAGAAUGGAGGCUCUUUUGAGUAAUGGUGAUAAGAAACAAAAUGGUGAAACAUAUUCUAAUGGAACCACUGUUCUUAACGGCAGUGGAGAUGCCAAAGAGUGAAUUAUAUGCUCUCUUAAGUGUUAAUUAGUUGGUCAAUGUUGAUUCUACAUUAAGCAUUUAUAGGAUUAAAUGUAUCACAAUACAUUCGACAAAUCACAUAUUCUUUCAUAGUUUUGUCAAUUAGUAGCAUGCAGCCGAUUGUAUACAAUUAUGAGAGGAUCUUCCAUUAUUACUGUGUUACUACAACAUAAGUGUUUUAUUGAAAACUAUUACAAUAUGUUUUUUAACAUGUCAUCAUGUUCGGUUGGGUUUUGUUGAUGUUUUGAUCUCAACUUGUAAUAUUGUAACCCCAAUAAAACUGUUAUUUCCCUAA